CGAUUCUACCUCAUAUUCCAACCAACUUCCAACUCUCCUUCGUCCUAAAACAGUUUUAGUCUGACCUAUACAAACGAAAAGUAACAGACGGAGCACUGGUUUAGUGUGGCGAUCGAGAACUAAACCCCCAGCCCCGUGUGUCCGUAUCCUGAAUAUUCCACGUCCUUACUACGAACAAGAGUUGAACUAAGGCAAGGAUUAAGGUGCGAAUACAGCUCAGCUAGAUGCAAUGCUAACACCUCGUACCGAGAGUAAAAUGCCAUCGUUUUCGUAUUCGCUCUUCUGAUAUCAUUCCUGCUGAGAACCUUAAGGCAGUGCUGGUGGCUUAGCACGCGUGGCGCUGCCAGCCUCAUUUCGGCGGUGAGGUACCUAGUUCUUACUUGAGUACCUGGACCUCUCCAUCGCUUCACGGGAUUCAUUUAACAUUCACGAAUUGUCUACCGCAGUAUCUACAGUGUGUUUGGCCACCAUACUCCAAAUCAAGUAAAUGGCAGUUGCACCAAAUCAGGCGCGCCGGGAUUCCCCGAUAUCCCGCUUGUUGUCACGCUUUAAACCAAACAGGAAGACCAGGGAGACCAAAGAGCAGCCACAAGACUACUUUGAUCCAAGGGCGCCAUUGAAACCCUCCCCUCUUCCGCUAGUCCUCCCUGAACAUCAACAUAUACUCUCGCAGCUCGGAUGGACCAUAGUCACAUUUCCUCAGCCGACCGCUAAACCCAGCUCUAUCACCAAGUCUGCCGCCGAGCCACAAGCAACAUUGAAUCCAGGAUCACACCCCAUCCAGACAGCAUAUGAGGAUCUUUUUCGCGCCAGCGCUGCAUUCUUCGACCUUCCAGACGAGGAGAAAGAAAAAUGGAAGACUCGGCAUGGUAGCGAAGAGGGUUGGUCAAAGAUCCCUGGGGAGAAAGAAUUUAUCACCUUGCGAACUCUAGCAUACACACCGGAUGUGCUGAAGGGCCCUGCGAAGCGAUAUUGGGAUCUGAUGGGCUCACAUCUCGACGCCUGCCUUGGGCGCAUCAGUUCCACCCUGGACAUACCCGAUGGCGAAAAUGAAGGCUUAAGAAGAUUUGUCGGACCCUGCAAAGAGAUGGGCGACCACGAGGAGCAAAAGACUGCUACAAUGUUGAGGUUAUUCCGAUACGAAGGGUGGCAGGAAAAGAUUGUCGCAGAACCACAUGCGGAUCUGGGUCUUCUCAGUUGUGUCGUCGGCGACGUGCCAGGGCUGGAAGUUUGGAAUGGCGCACAACACAUACCCAUCGAAAAGGACUAUAGUACCCCUUGCGCGACCCUGCUGGGUGGUCGCCAAUUGGAGCGACUGUCAAACUUCAGAUAUCCGGCUGGCGGACACCGUGUGGUCGCAUACGGUAAAUCGGUCGGCAAGGGGGCUGCUGCAUCGCAAGUCAGUCGAAAAGAACCAGCAAAAUAUCGGUUUAGUAUUGUCUUUGUGCUGAGGGCGCAUGAAGACGUGAUGGUUGAUACAGAUUUAUUGAAGACUGAGAUCACUGGCCCGUGGCGUGAGCCCAUCAAAGACGUUACAGCAGGGAAACUGUACGCCGAGCUCCGCGGGGCCCAUUUCAAUAUCAAUACGGGGAUGAAAGAGCGCAAUGAGCAACGAAAGCGCAUUGAAGAACGCAAGAGACUUGGGGUAAAGACAGGAGAAGGGGCAAACUAGUCGAGUCGUCGAUGUUCCGUUGAACGAUUCAUUCUGGGCAAUAUUGGUUUACUAGCAUCCGCAUUCUAGAGCGUAGCAUAUGUAUAUGUCAUCUUCAUCAUACCUCUACAAUCAGUCUCUCCUCACCUCUCGACUCUCUCCAGUCAUUGCUGGCCCUUAUCAUAUCUGAGCAAUCUUU